AUGUUGCAUCAUGGUGUAGAACAAGUGUUUGGAUAUCAAGAAGGGGAAAUCCUCCCCUCCCCGUAUUUGAUGUUAUUAAACUCCAAACACUUUAACUUUAUUUUCCCAAUACAUGUACAAGGAGCUGGAAACAUGGCGGAAGGUUAUGCGAGAGUUAGUGGUAUACCAGAUACCAGAUUUGAAAACCAGGUUAGGAUAACGCCUCAGGUCUAUGGAGUCACCAAAACAAAAAUAACACAUCAAUCAAAAGUGUCAGCAGAUCAAUGCCUUCUAAAGGUUGAUUUAAAAUCCUUAUUAACUCACAACCGGGUGCAGUGGAAAAUUCUUGAUCGUUUGGAUAAGAGAAGACCAUUCGAGAAAAAGUUACGACCAAUAUUACAAAAUGUUACUUCUACUUUACAAUUUCUUAAAAUUGAAAGUGGAUUUGAAACCACAGAAAUAUUGCCAGACCUUGUCGGUAAGAUUAAUAAGAAAGCUGAUCAACAUGCCAUCAAGUUAGUUGAAGCGGACCAUUACAAUUGGUUAAAACUUCAAAGUGGAUUUUUUAAGAGAACACCUGCAGAGAUAAGAAAGAUUGAAUGUGAAAGACAACAACAAGCUGUUUUAAAACGAAACGAACAAGAAAAAUGUUUAAAUUAUGAAAGCAGAAAAAGAAGCUUAUAG